AUGUCUGCCAUCGAUUUCUUCAAAGCCCCGAAGGGACCUUUCCACCGGUCGACAUAUCCCUUCAUCAACCCUACGCGACCUGAGCUAUCUACCAAGGGGAAGACAGCCAUAGUCACAGGAUCCGGACAAGGAAUUGGACUUGCUAUUGCGAAAUCUCUCGCCAAGUCAGGCGUUUCUGCACUGGGUUUGAUCGGCCGUACGGAAAAGACCCUCUUAUUCACCAAGGAGUCGAUCAAAGAGAUAUCCCCAGACACCAAGGUCUUCACCUAUGCUGUCGAUGUCGUCGAUACUAAGGCGCUAACUGAGGCCUUGGCGUCCUUCGUGGCUACCACCGGCGCCAAGAUCGAUAUCCUCGCUGCCAAUGCGGGCUACCUGCCUGAUCUCACCUCAAUCUUGGAUGCGGACGCUGACGACUGGUGGAGCACGUUUGAGAUAAACAUCAAAGGCAACUUCAAUCUUCUGCGGGCCUACCAGCCUCACGCUGCACGCAAUGGUGUCGUCGUUCAUACCAGUACCUCAGCCAUCCACAUCCCUUACAUGCCGGGGUAUUCGGCCUAUCGUGGAUCCAAGGCCGGCGCCACCAAGGUGUUUGAGAUGUUCGGAGGGGAGAUGCAAGAGCUGGGUAACGGGAAAUUUGGUGAAAGUGUCAAGGGGUUUCCUUUUGACGACGUGGAAUUGAGUGGCGAUUUCGUCAAUUGGGUAGUCAGCGAUGAAGCCAAGUUUCUGAAUGGCAAGUUUGUUGCAGCGAAUUGGGAUGCAGAGGGCAUGGUGCAGAUCAAGGAAUCCAUAGAGAAGGACCCUUUUAUUUUCACCAUGAACCUAGUUGGGUGGCUCGAGUUGAUUGGAGCCAGGGGACCUUGA